CCGUUGCAUAGGAACGAAAACCGACAGGGACGUCGCGCUGAAGCAUCGUUAUUAUUAUUAUGUUUAUCUGGAUGAGGACAGACGGUCGGCUGGUGUUCGUUGAGACAGAAUAAACACCAAAUCAACUACAAUAACUGCUGAUCCGUGCACGGCUCUGCCUCGUCUCUGCUGUGAGCAGCUUAAGAGUAAGGACAGACCCCUAGCGGGACUAAUGUAACCAUUUACGGACUAAAUACUGUUUGUGGCUCCGACUAAAGACACGAUUCUGUUAAUCUGGACACUGUCCCCAAAAACAUCAGAAGCCCAGGAUGUGGACAGCUAAGCAGGCUAGUUAAGGACCCCGGGGUCGGUAUCACUUCAGUUCACGUGUUUAGACAGUAAUCACAGAGGAACAGAGGGACAUGGCAGACCCGGGCAGCAUCGCUGACCUGGACCAGAGGAAAUACGAUGCUGCCGAACAAGUGAAGAUCAUUUGUCUCGGAGACAGUGCUGUCGGUAAAUCCAAGUUGAUGGAAAGGUUCCUCAUGGAUGAUUAUCGUCCCCAGCAGAUGUCCACUUAUGCGCUGACUCUUUACAAACACACGGCAACUCUGGGAAACAAGAAAAUACUGGUUGAUUUCUGGGAUACUGCAGGCCAGGAGAGGUUUCAGAGCAUGCACCCUUCAUACUACCAUAAAGCACAUGCUUGUAUCAUGGUUUUUGACGUCCAAAGAAAGAUCACAUAUAAGAAUUUAGUUAACUGGUAUAAAGAGCUGAGAGAGUUUCGACCUGAGAUACCUUGUUGUGUGGUUGCCAACAAAAUCGAUGCUGACUUGAAAGUGACCCAAAGAAGCUUUAACUUUGGGAAGAAACAUGGACUCCCGUUUUACUUUGUCUCUGCAGCAGAUGGAACGAAUGUAGUUAAGAUGUUCAGAGAGAUGAUCAAGAGAGCAGUGGACUACAAGCAAAAUCCCAGUGACUUCAUGGAUGAAGUCCUGGAAGAAUUAGAGAAUUUUGACCUGGAGAAGAAGGAGGAGAAUUCAGAGGCGGAUGAUGAUGAUGACGAUGAUGAUGGUGGAGUGGAAGCAGAGAGUCCGGAGUUGGUUUGAAUUCCUUUUUCUUUUUCCCAGCAGAGCAUCUACACUUAACGUCAUCUGAUGGAUAAUCUUCUCCCGCUUAUAAACCUGUGAUUCUCCACUACUCACGCCAGGAACAGCCACGUUAUUUGUCCUCAUGCAAUCCCUGCUAUUUAAAUUAUUGGAUUAUAACACUCCCGUUAAAAUGUGUCAUACAGUUGUGUGUUAUCAGGUUGUUUUUUGUUUUAGGCUCAUCAUUCAUUCUUCAUUACAUACCUACAAUUUUAAUGGUUGAAUGUUUGUUCAAGUGUGGAAAAAUGUACUUUAUGUACCGUAAUAACAAUGUGAAACAUUGAAAACUGACACAGCAAAGAGAAUGUGCAAUUAUACACUUUAUUUCCUGCUGUUCUCAGUGUUUGUGUGUAGUGUUGCAUGCAGCGCCAGCAGGCAGCUGCUCUAGUUGCAUUCAUUUUACAAUGUAAAUGUAGUUUUUUUUUUAAGCAUCGUCUAAAAUGUAAACUCAAUGUACCAUAUAACCAGUUAUUAUCAUGCCUCGUUCCAUCUUGAUGUGAUCCAGCAGAAGUCAGCUGAAUGUCAGCAUUUUAUAAGAGACAGUACAGCUGCUUCUGCACAGCGUAAAGUUGUGGCACUCCAAAGGUCAAAAUUACCCCGACUGUGAAUUAUGCUGGGAAAAGACUUUCUCCUAUAGGUCUUCAACACAGGUCACAUUUGCAGGGUGAUGUUGCACAGCAGAACCGUACAACAUCACUCCAGUCAUCAAAGCCAUCCUCAGCUUUCUUUAUUUAAGCCAAGGCUUUGGGUUGGCAUCUGUUAUAAAACAUCAGGGAGUUACUGGAUAGUUGUCGAAAUCUUCUAAACCUCAGCUUGGCUUUUGCCGUCCCUGUUAAGUGAUGUCUUAACUGCAUCAAAAACUGUGGAAAAUCAUAUCCCAAAACUCUCUUUAAAUGUGGACAUUGAUGUCAUUUAUAUGUUUCACUUUCUAUUUUGUGCUCAACGUGCUAUUUGGCUGCUUAGACAUCAACUCAGGGUACUAUGGCAGCGAGAUUGGACCUCCAUCAGUCAAAUUUUUGCCCAGACAUUAGGUUUUCUAAUUUUGAAGAAGGGUCAACGUUGUGAAUAUUAAUUCUUGAAUAAAUUGAUGUAUUUGUCAAUAAAAGUUUUUGAAACUUAUGAAAUGCUUCCUCACUCAACCAUGAAAACACACACACAGACACACACGCACAAAAAUAUGAUAAAUGAUUCCUGAAGCAGUAAUUGUCACAGAAACCAACAUUUGCAUUGUUCUGAGAAGUUGGUGUUCUGAUCAGUCCCUGCAAGCUGCCUAGUUGACUCCAAAUUAUUGUGGAAGUGGUUUUAUAACCCU